AUGAGAACCAUGGCUCCUAAAUUUUACCAACAUGACGGCAAACCCAUUGAUCUUGACGAGAUCCAUGAUUACCUGAUCAGCCUGGCAUUCCGUGCUGGGGAUAUCAUCAACAGCGCUCUACCUACCGAUGAUAGUACUGGAUCAAAGAUGAAUUCUGCUGAUAUCGUCACUCGAUAUGAUAAAGCCGUUGAAACUAUGAUAUCCUCUGCCUUAAUGGAGAAAUAUCCAUCAUACCAGUUUCAUGGAGAGGAGACCUAUGACCCAGCCCAUCCCCUAACCGAUGCACCCACGUUUGUAGUUGAUCCUAUCGAUGGUACGGUCAAUUUCGUGCAUGGAUUUCCCUGCUCCUGUAUUUCUCUUGGAUUCGCUGUUCGCCGUGUACCCAUUGUAGGUGUCGUCUUCAACCCUUUAACACGCACUCUUUAUUCUGCAAUACAAGGCCGUGGGUCAUACUUGAACCGCACCACCAAGCUUCCCUUAAAGGGCGAUGAUAUAGGGCCAUUGAAAGGCCUGGAGAAUUCACUCGUCGGUAUUGAGUGGGGCUCGGAGAGGACAGGUGCCAAUUGGGAAACAAAGGUGCGAACUUUCGAGAAACUCGGCCGAGCAAAGGAAGAUGGCGGUGCAAUGGUCCGUUCGAUGCGCAGCAUGGGUUCUGCGGCGCUGAACCUCUGUGCUGUCGCAGCUGGGACUUUAGACAUAUACUGGGAAGGGGGUUGCUGGGCCUGGGAUGUUUGUGCAGGCUGGGUAAUACUGACCGAAGCAGGUGGUGUCAUGAUAGAUGGAAACCCAGGAACGUGGGAAGCAACUCUCGAUGGAAGAAGAUACCUUGCUGUUAGAGCAUGCUCCGAUGAGAACAGCAGGCUGGAGCUCAUUAAGGAGUUUUGGGGGCACAUUCAGGGAAGUUUUGAAUAUUGA